UUUUUUGCAUUUUUAAUGAUCAAAACCUGAAAAUAGAAAAAGUUUUGAAAAACAUAAAACGGCAAUUCUUUUAAUUUUCUAUUCGAAAACGAAAAUAGAAUUUUGCAAAGGAAGUGUGUGGUGUGGAAAAAAAGGAACAAAACGCAGCGUGCAGCGAACUUUGUUCGCUUCGAAACGGGAUUUUUGUUUAUAUUUUUUUUUUUUUUCGUUUUUUGCAAUUAAAUUUUGAUUUACAAAGAAAAGAAUUUCGAAAACUUUUUUUUAUUUUAUUUUCAAAAAUAAAUUAAAAUGGCUCAGGUGUUUCGUCGAAAUCCAUUCGAGGUGAUUUUGUGUUGAGAAAAAUAUUUUCCUCGAAUGAGGGCAAAGCCCACAUUCUCUCUAUGACCAUAUCAUUUCACAAAGACCAACCGAUCCCCUUUGUCUCCCCUCGAGAUGUGUUUUUCUGUGUGACGUAAAUUUCAUACCCCGUUACUUGUUUGCAGCUGUAUACGCAUAUAUAAUAAAUAAAAUUGUGUUUGUGGGCACAUUUUCAGCAUAUCAAUAAAUUGUGUUUGCGUCCGUGGAAAUUAGUGUAAAAAAUAUAUAUACACCGAAAUGAUGCGUUGAUAUGUACUAGAUUUUGUGCGGUUGGUGGUGUCCCCGUACCCGUGCUCUAAAUCACAUUCGUGGGCGGAAUUUUCGAAUAAAUUUUAUAAUUUUUUUUUUUUCGUUAGAAAAUUCAAGAUACAAUUUAUACGGGUAUUUUCUUUGUUCACUUUUUUUUUUGUUGUAUUUUCACGUGAUGUGUUGUGACGACGUCAUUUUAAGUCGAAAACGAAAAAAAAUCAAAAUUAGAUGAAACUUUUGGGGAGCAAAAAUCGAACACGAAAAGAGGAAAAUUCCGUCAGAAAAUGACUGACAAAAGUCAGUCAUCAGCACAAUCACGACAGCAGCAACAACAUGAUACAGGACCUUCACCAACACCAAAUUCUGGAAUUCCGGGAAUUCCUGAACUAACAGCUGAAUGGGUAGUUCGGGCCCAGUUGACUUUUGGUCGUCCUGGAGAAACCGUUACGAGAGAUUUCACGACGAACAAUAAUACCAAUACUAUCAGACCAGUUCGGGUGGUUUACAGAUGGAGUUCGGGAGAGGGCGCUGCUACCGAGGAGGAGAAACCUUCACCAUCAAGUCGGGAGACUUUAGGUGGUUCGGGACAAUCUACACCUUUAAAGAAAAAAGGUAUUCAUGCUGAAAGUUUUAAUUCAGCAAAUUCUGGAGAUUUUUGUGGCGCUGAUUCAGCAUUUAGUGGAUCGAAUACGCCAAGGAAUCAAAAUCAACAACAACAGCAACAACAAAAACAACAACAACAACAAUUAUAUGGGACAAGAUGUCGAAGUACGUGUAAUAUAAUUGUAUCAGCUGUAGCAGAUUUUCUGCCAAAUGCAGCUGGCAAUGAUAUUCCAGAAGAAGAACCAGAUCCGUUUGUUUUUAAUACGACAGCUAGUUAUACCGUUAUACCGGAUCAGCCCCCCGUUAAUAGUUCCAAUGUGGCAUCAAAAAGUUUUACAUCUGGUAAAAUUCUUGCUCUACGUGAUGCCUUCUCGCAGACAAGUGACACAGAAACGACGACUAAAUAUCUUCCUAAUCUUCACCACACAAAAACAACCAACACAAAUGAAUUUCGCUACUCCAGCCGUAGUCCGCCCACCGACAGGCGAUCAACAAUCGACGAUUUUAGGCGGCAACAGAGACGUUUCUAUGAUCAUAAUCGUCGUGCCACAGACACUCUGUUGCCACCGCCGCCUACCUCACCAACAACCGGAGUUGACGAGGGAAACUCUUUUACGCCCUCGUACACACCAUCGCCAACGCAAACGUGUAAAUCAGCUUCCCUGCCAAGAAUUCCACCACUUCCAGGUCACCAAAGGCAGCAGCAGCAGCAGCAGCAACAACAAACUGCUGCCGCUAGUAGUGGGCCAAAGUCAGAACCGAAAAAACCCAGAACCGUUCACAUCGAUGUCUAUUGCACUGGUUCGGAUGAUGACGAAGAUGAUAAUGACGACGAGGAUGAAUUGGACAUUGAUGAUUCGUCGUCGAGCUCAUCCGAUGCAACAAAUCAUCUUUCCAACUCAACCCCCCAAACGGUGUUGGAUAAUGAACAAAUGCUGUUGCGUCAUCAGCGUAUAGGAGCGAGCACACUUCCGAGAAGGGUUAACCUAAAUCGUGAGAAAUUAUCUGGCCGUUCGCCAAAUCCGCCAACAACUGUGUCGAGUACUUCGCGAUCCGAUUUGAAUGUUGGCCAUGCAAUAACCAAGUCGAGCACUGCUGAUGAGGUCUCCGAGUCGAAACAAUUGUUAUUCCGCAAACAUAUUGGCGAUCAGAGAGCUGCAAAGCUUCAGAAUCUUCGACAGAAGUAUAUUCGGAAAGAUCCGAGUGAUGAUUGUAUCAGUUCGAAUUAUCCGAAUUCGUCGAGGUCGACUAUGAGAGAUGCGACUUGUAGUAGUAUCUCCAGUGCAAUGGCUUCUCAGGAUCAGGAAUCCUCGUGGAAGGAGACGGAAGAUACGGAAGCUAGCAUGGGUCUUGCCAAGUCGGAUAGCUUUGAUUAUGACAACUCUGUAGACCGUUUAAGAAUCAGGCAAAUGGAGUCGUUAUGGUCGCGUCCUGAGGGUGAAGCUAAUUUCGCCACAACCAGAAGUCACACUCAGCCAGUGUUUCUUCAUCCGAUUUCCGAGGGUAAUUCUCAGAGAACCUCGCCUUAUACCGGAAACGUUCCGGUCCAACGGAACGAUACUCUUCCAUCGGAAUCGGAGAACUUCUCCGAGUCUGAUAAUGUCUUUUAUCCUUAUCAUCGAUUUAGUGCUCCAGCUCAACAGCAGUUGUAUGAGCCUCCUCCACCGCCAGUCUCACCAAGUCAUCGACCAAAAAUUGUUUACUCAUAUCCAGCUACCCCGAAUCGUGAUCCGCCUGCAUUCAUGCAGUUUUUCGGACCGAGACCACAAAGUCCUCAGACCGGAUUUCAGCCAAGUUUCCGACCAGGUUUGCAAAGGUGGAAGAGUGAAGCUCGAGAUGAUCUUGAUUCUACUGCGCUGAAGCCUUCACAGACUUUCCAGCGAGCUGGUAGUGAAACUCCAUCACCCACUAAAGCCUUAACACCAGAUUUACCCCAUUCUCCACCUGUUCAUCUGUUACCUUCACCGGUUCCAUCUCCUAAACCAGGAUCUUCGCAGCGAGAAAGUAGUGUAGCUUCGAGUAGUGUGGCUGCUAUUAUUAAAGGCUAUACAGCUGAGCAUUUGCAAAAAGCUCAAAAAUUUGGUCAAGUCAUGGGAACGGUUCGUAAACCUGGACAUCAUGUUGGACCAACUAAAAAUCCAAAUUGUUUAUGUGAACAUUGUCAAAGGUGGAUGGCUGAACGAUUCCAAAUUAGGAGUAGAGCUUUUUCAGUUGGUGACAAACCAGUUGUACUAAAGAGACCAAAUUUUAACAGAAAUUGAAACAGAAUUUAAGACAAGAAUAUCAAAAAAAUCACUGCCAGAUCAAAAUAAUUAGGAAAAAAUAUAUAGAAAUAAGAAUUUAUUUUUAUUGGA